AUGAUUACUCUAAAUUUUAUACAAUUAUAAACUGUUUUGUUUAUCUUAUGUUUAAUUCAGAAGGUUUAAACAAAUAAUAAUCAAAAAUAAUGUUAAACUGUUUUAUUAAAAUAAAAUGAAAAAUAUUGUGAAUUGAGAGAAAUAAAUACCUUUUUUGUUGGAUAAAGAAGUGAUAAUUUAACUAAUAUUAAUACAUUAUAGAGUUAUGAAGACUUAAUAUAAAUCUCAAAUGGACCAAUAUUAUAUUCAAAGGAUGAUAUAAUUAUUUCUAUUAAAUAUAGAGAACUUAUUGAUGAAAAUGAAAUUUGUUCAUUAAUUUAUAAUCCUCAAUUAAAUACUUAUUCAAUAAAUUGUAUUUCAACACAACAAACUUAUAUCAUAGAUAAUCAGAUUAUCAUACAAAUUAACACUCAGUUUAAUAUUUUAAUAUAAACAGAAUAAAAUUUUAACUGUUCCUAAUUUGAUUAUAACACAAUAGGUUUGGCUAUAUUUUGCUUUUCGUCUGAUUAAAUUAAACUUUACUAAUUAUAAAAGGAAUAAGAAUAAUUCAAAUAAACAAUUAUAUAUUAAUCAGAAAUUCUUAAUUUAUUAUGUCUUUUAAAAUUUCACUACUAUUCUAAUAUAUUUUUUAUAAUCUACUUUUCAUGUUAAGGAUGGAUAAUUCAUGUUUAUGAGAAUAAUUCUUUCAAAUUAUAAAUUGAUCAAAAUUUAUUAAUUGAAAAAUAUAAUACAGAAGGAAUUCUUCUUGAUGUUCUUACAUGUUAACAUAAUAUUUUUAUGUUACUUUCCUCUGGUGGUUAUUAUUACUCUAAAGAAUAAUUGAUACUAUUAUUUAAGGCAGAAAAUCUAAAUUUAAAAGAAAUUGUAUUUGAAUUUGAUUUUCAUUGUAAUCUAAGAACGGCUGUAAAAAGCUAAUCAGAAAAUUAUGUUAUAUAUUCUCUUCCUAAACAAUUUUAAGAAAUAAUUCUUAAUACAAAAGAGUUACCAAAAAAAGUCUUUUAAAUUUCAAAUCCUACUAGCAUAUUACUAAAGUAUGAAAAUUAUGUAAGUUUUUAUGUAAAUGAGCUUGUUUAUCAAACUAUAACAAUUAAAAUUGCACAUUUAAUUUAAUUAUCAAAUUAAAGAAUUUAUAUUGGAAUAGGAGAAGAAAAUUAAGUUAAAUUAUUUUAGAUUAAAUAUUCUAAACCAUGUCUACCAUAUUAUAAUGAUAAUUAAAAAUACUCUAAUUAUUAUCUUUAAUUUAUUGAUAAAUUAAAUCUAAAUUUUUAGAAAAUCAGCUUUAUUGAAUGUUAUAAGCCCAUCAUAAUGGAUAAUGAUGAUAUGAAAAAGGAAUAUGCAAUUUUUAUUAAUAUUUAAAAUAAAAUUUAUUAUAUUGAAAGAAUAAAUUAUGAGGAAUCCUUCUAAGUAAGUUUUUUGGCAUCUUCUAUUUAAUCAAUAUAACCAUAUAAAAUCAAUUUUCGAUCUCCAUUAAAUCAAAUAAAAUUUUAGUUAAAAAAUAAUUAAAUAAAAUGUAUAUUCAACCAUUAAUUAAAAAAUUACAAAGGGAAAUUUAUUAUUAAAACUAAAAAUGAUCUUAUUUUUUCUAUAAUCGUUUAAGGUCCUAAGAAUAAUAUUAUAGAAUAUCAUUGUUAAAGUUCACAGGACUAUAUUUAUCAAAAUAUUUUACCUUUAAAUGAAUAAUUAUUACAUAAAUUUAUAAAUUCAAAUAAUUUAAUACUCUUAGAUUAAUAAAAGAUGUGUUUAUAUAAAAUCUAAUUAGAUGAAUAAAAUUAAAAUGAAUUAAUUAGUAAGAUAUUGUGUUUAGACUCAUAGGUUGAAAAGAUAUUUGGUUUAAAUAAUCAAAUUAUCUUUAAAUUGAAGGAUUAACCAGUAUUCUAUAAUAUGUUUUCAAAUUUUGGUCAAAUAAAAAUUGAAUAAAACUUUAUGUUAGGUUAAAUAAAAAAUUAGAAUUUUUUAGAUAUUUUUUAAAUAUAAAUUGAUUUUUAUGGUGUUUUGUACAUAGAUUAAUUACAUCUAAUAUACAAAUAAGUUGUUGUAUAAAGUAUAAAUAUAUUUAUAUAUAUUAGUUAUUAAUAUUAAGGCUGAGAUACUUGGAUUUCUAAGUAAUUCCCAAAGCAAUUUAAUCUCAAGUUUAGUGCUAAUAGAUAUAAUAAAAAAUGAAUUACAAUUUUAUGUUGUUUCAACAACUGAGUUUAUAAAAAUUAGAUAUUAUAAUUUAGGGAAUUACGUUCCUGUUUAACCUUUGUAAUUUAAGAUAUUAGAGUCUAAAAUAAUAAUUUCAUGUUAACAUAAAAUAAAUAAAAAAUUUUACAUUUUGAUUAUUAACUGUGCCUUUUAAUCUAGUUUGCAUUUACUAUAAAAGGUUAUUGAAACAAGCAAUUAAUUUUUUUGGGUUUAGAGAUUUUAUUUAUAUUAUUUUGAUAAUAAAAAUGAAUUGUCUGUUUAAGAUUUAUUGCACAUUAAUAUUGAAAUAUAAUAUUUAGAAUUUGAUAAUAAAAUUAGUUAAGAAAUUAUCAUUUAAAUUGAAAUAGAAUUAGAAAAUAUAGAAAUACCUCCUUUUAAAAAGGAUAUUAUGAUAACACUCAUUAAUCCAAAGAUUUUAAAAUUAAUAUAAACAGAUUAUAUUUUAUUGAUUAAUAAUAAUAAUCAAGAAGUAAAUUUUAGAAAUUUUAUUCUUGGAGAAAUUGACAAUAUUAUUUUAAAAUCAAAUGAUGAAUUUUAAUUAAGAUAUCCUUUAGAAAAAGAAAUGGAUUAAAUAUGUUAAUAUUAUUGUAAUAAGUUUUGUUUUUAAGUAAAUAAUUUUGAAUAUAUGACAUUUUUUAAAUUUGGAUUAUUUGAGAAGACUUAUUUAGUUUAUAAUUUUCAGAAGUAAAUCUAUAAUCUUCUAUUUGUGGAGAUUAUAAAGUAAGAUUUAUUUUUAUUUAUAAAUUAAAUAAAUAAUUAAACUAUUCUAAUAUCAUUAAUUUAAAUAAAAGAUAACUUCUUUAUAAUAUAAAAGUAAUUAAAUACGCAAAUAUUCAAUAAUUUAAAGAAUAUAUGA